AUGGAAUUCAGUGACCUCCAGGGGUGGCUUCAAAAGUGCAAGUGUCUGCAAUAUUUAGGCACAUUCAUCGAAAACGGCAUUACGUUGGACUUGGUGCCUGAACUCGACAGCGAAGCACUAAAAGAGCUUGGGAUUACCAAACUAGGCGACAAACUACGGCUUGAAGUUGCCAUUUCCAACUUGAACAAGGAGAGGCUCCAACACAGCGUGAAUGUGCAAGAACUCCAGCGACAAGUGCAAAGUGAACUUGCACAAUUGACAGGUUCAGGAGGUGAAACGAACGGGAGCAUGAUGUCUUCAGCAAAUGACGACUCGACGUUCUUGGGCACGAGAAGUUCGCUUAGCCGGUCGCACUCAAAGUCUGAGUCUCAUCUGAAUUCGAAUUCAAACUCUCAUGGGUCUUCAGGGAGGACGGUGACUUUCAUAUUGCCCGAUGGCUCAAUGAAGAAGGUGAACAUUGAAGGCUGCUUUAACACGCAGCUGAUUAAGAGAAAAGCCCUCAAAACGCUAGGCGUCAAGGGCAAAGACACUGACUACGAUACGUAUAUUCAUACCACGGGGCCUGGAGGCGCCAAGAUUGCCAGUCUACACGACGUGGAAUUUGUCACCACCUGUUUUGCCCCGGACAGAACAGAAAAACAUAGAAUUAUGCUUACGCCAAAGGGUGAGCAGCCCACCCUGACAGCAGCAGAGCAGUCGCUUCGGAUCUUGCAGAGAAUGGCGGGUAGAAAACCGCAAGCACCACAAAUGCGGAAAUUUUUUGGCCAGCGGCCUCCAUCCGAAUUGAUCUCGUCCAAUCUCGGCGAGUACUUUCCCCAGACCCCCCAGGAGGAUUUGGAAACGACCGUUCGCAACUCUGUACGUUACAGCAUGCGGCUUCUGCGUCGCUUCAGGGUCCCUACAAGUCUGCUGAUAUUUCUGGGGAAGCUGGGAAGAGUCUCGAUGACCUCUUCAGAACGGAGGCCUCGCAAUAAUAAAACCAUUGGCGAUAUGAUGGUGAACAACGUUAGCGUGAUAGACGAGGCGACAAACCCUCAGGAUACGAUAUCCUUGGGUAGCAGGGGCGGCGACAGUAUGGCCGAAGACGGCCAGCUGAUGAUCACUCGUCAAACGGAGUCAAGCAAACACAGGUUUUCUGUGGCGGCGCUGUAUACUACAAAUAACAACCGAUACUCGAGGAUCGAGCUUUUCAGCAUCGAUUCGGACGACGAGAAUACGGACGAUUGCUUGGAUUACUACGCGGAGAUUGGCAACGACGGAUACGAUGUGCAUCCAUUUGUUCCUGGCAGGAAGUGGGUGCAAGGAGCCCGCAUUGGGCUGGGUUCCUUUGGCACUGUUGUGUUGGGCAUGGAUCCGAUGACUGGCGAACUCAUGGCCGUGAAGCAGGUUCCUAUACCGACUGGUGCAGCCAGACAUAAUGAUCUGCAGCGGUCGAUGAUUGAGGCGUUGCACCAUGAGAUGACCUUGUUGAAGGAACUUAACCAUGAGAAUAUUGUGCGUUAUUAUGGCUCUUCUUCUGAAGGUAGCUUUCUCAACAUUUUCCUCGAGUACGUUCCCGGUGGCAGUGUGCAGCUGAUGUUACAGCUGUAUGGCCCGUUCGAGGAACCCUUAAUUCGAAAUUUUGUGAGACAAGUGCUUGUGGGACUUAGCUACCUCCACAGCGUGGACAUCAUCCAUAGAGACAUCAAGGGAGCAAACAUUCUCAUUGAUAUCAAAGGCACAGUGAAAAUCAGUGACUUUGGCAUCUCAAAAAAAGUGGACUCUUCAGAAGACAGAGAAGGAAAUAAGCAGGCUCGUCGUGCAUCUUUGCAAGGGUCGGUGUACUGGAUGGCGCCCGAAGUGGUGAAGCAAACGGCUUACACGAAGAAGGCAGAUAUAUGGUCUGUAGGGUGUUUGGUUGUAGAGAUGUUUACGGGGAAGCAUCCGUUCCCCAGCUUCAGUCAGAUGCAAGCGAUCUUCAAGAUCGGGACCCACACCCAGCCGCAAGUGCCCGAGUGGUGUACUGCCGAGGGCAAGGAUUUUUUAACCAAGACGUUUGAGAUUGACUACGACAAGCGGCCCACGGCGUCGCAACUACUAUGUGAGGCGUUUUUGAAUCCGUUGAUCUUGUCGCAUCUGGCUUGA